AUGCCUGUAUUCGUCAUUGGCCGUGUAGAAAACUUAGAAGUUAUGAGAAAAAUCGACAAAGAAAUAGAAAAGAACAAAGAUAUUUUAGCGAUCUCAGCCAUUGAUUCUUAUAGAAACAACACUUACAAGCUCUUUGCUGCCAUUGACUACGCUGCGAAACCGAACGAAUGCCUUUCUCCGGACUAUACAUUUCUGGUGGAUGAUGACUAUAUGGUUCAUAUUCCCAAUCUUGUAAAAUUUUUACAAACGAAAAAGAAUAGAGACUUGGUCUAUGAAGGAUUCGUGUUCGACACUUUACCGUUCCGAAUGAAAAUUCAUAAACACAGUAUAUCGCUAGAAGAAUACCCGUAUUCGAGAUACCCCCCUUACGUGUCUGCUGGUGCUGUCUUCUUGACAUCAGAAACUAUUGAACGGUUUCAAAAUAGGAUGCAUCACCUAAAGAUGUUUCCAUUCGAUGACGUUUUCACUGGAAUUCUAGCAAAAACUGUCGGAGUGCCCACCACUCAUAAUGAAAACUUCAUAUUUUGGAACCGUCGAGUUACUCAAGACGAAUGGGAUCAAGGCGUUAUUGCGGUUCAUGGAUAUGCAGGAAAGGAUCUAGAAUACGAGUACAGUAAAUUAUUCCGGUGA